AUUUGUAUCCUCGUUUCCAAAUAGGAAUUGAAAACAGUGAAACUAAAGAAGUUAAGGCGGCUGGGGUAGGUGGUUCUUGAAUCUUUAUAAAAAUAGUUCCCUCGCCAGUCCACACAAAACUAAAGAAGUUUUGUCUCUCUUAGCCAGUUUUUUUCCAAAAGCGGCUAUGGAGUCCCUUAGAAUUAAUUCGCUCUUUUCUUCUUUGGUUCUUUUUGUUCUUGUUUCUAGUCCUACUUUGAGUUCCGCAGCUUCCCUCGGAAUCAACUAUGGUCAACUUGGAGACAAUCUUCCUCAGCCCACAGAUGUUAUUCCUCUCAUCAACUCCAUUGGUGCAACAAAGGCGAAGCUUUACGAUGCAAAUCCUCAAAUUCUUAGUGCAUUCGCCAACACCGGCAUCGAAUUCAUGGUUGCAAUUGGCAACAAUUUAUUAUCAUCGAUGAGUGAUCCACAGCAAGCCUUGACAUGGGUGAAAUCGAAUGUUCAAACAUACUUGCCGGCAACGAAGAUUACCGGCAUCAUGGUAGGUAACGAAGUGUUAACUUUGAACAAUGCUGAGUGGAGCAACAAUCUGGUUCCAGCCAUGAAAAGCGUGUAUGCUGCACUGGUUUCUUUAGGAUUAGACAAGAGUAUCAACGUAACUACCGCACACUCUCUCGACAUCAUGGAAUCUACUUAUCCUCCAUCUGCUGGAGCCUUUAAACAAGACUAUAAGGUAUAUAUGCAAGCAAUCUUGAGCUUUCACGUGCAGACAGGCUCACCUUUCUACAUCAAUAUGUACCCCUUUUUUGCAUACAAGAGUAGCCCAAGUGAAAUUGAUAUUAAUUAUGUUCUUUUUGAGCCAAAUAACGGGUUUGUGGAUCCAACUACCAAGCUCGUAUAUGACAACAUGUUAUUUGCACAAAUUGAUGCGGUUUAUUCUGCGAUAACUUUGUUGGGGUAUAAGGGGAUCUCAAUUUGUGAGUCAGAGACUGGUUGGCCAUCGAAGGGAGAUGCUGAUGAAGUUGGUGCUACACUUGAUAAUGCAGCCAAGUACAAUAGCAAUUUGAUAAAGAUGGUUGCUGAAAACAAAGUGACACCAUUGGGGUCGGAUUUAGACAUAUAUAUUUUUGCAUUGUUUAACGAAAACAUGAAGUCUGGACCAACAUCCGAGAGAAAUUUUGGAUUGUUCCAACCCGAUAAAAUGCCAGUGUAUUCCGUUCGACUCACUGAUGGAAUUACUGUUAGUUCUUCUGCUGUUAAAAGAUAUAAUAGUCUUAUAUUGUUAUUCUUCUGCAUAGCAUCAAUUGCAAUUCUCUAGAGGCAAUUGGAUUGAUAAAGAAUGUAGAAGGUCAAAGUAUAUGAAUACAAAUUCUAAGGCUGAUUAGUUUGUUAGUAUUUUUUACUCUUUAUUUUUUGGGGGAGAGGAUGAAUAGAAAUUAAGUGUAGGUUAUUGCUUUUUGAUUAUUGUUUAAGUUGUGGUUGUUUAUACUUUAUAUUCAAUUUCUCUUUCUCGGUUUUA